AUGGCAAGUUUAAAUACCAAACCAACCGCAACCUGUAAAAGCAAUCAAUCAGGUUUAGUAACGAAAUCCAACAAUUUUAAAUCGAGGUUACAACCACCCACAACAUUACCUCUCAGGACCACAUCUAGGAUCCCACAAAGAACUUCCACCAUUGCGAAGAAGAUGAAUGGAAUAGCGGAUAACAAGGGCCCAACUCUAAGGGUGAAUUUCCACACCCCUAGAGAAGUGUGGAGUCCUCUGUCCACACCGGUAAAUGGUUGUAAUGGGAUGAAGAAUAACGCUUUGAAAGUCGGUGGUGGACUUUCCAAAGUACCAAAAUACCAAUUGAAAGAUAACGGUCCUAUACCUAAUCCCACCAUGACAAAUAUCCCCAGAUCAUCUGGUAUCCCCAAACCACAAAUUCGAUCGAAACCUCCCGUCGUGGUCAGACGUCCCUCUUUGAAACCUCAUCGACAAACUUCGUUUCAUCGACAUUCGGCUCAAAUACCUCAAACACAAACAAGGACCAGUAAAUUGACGGCAAAUGGUGACAUACCCUCACUCAAAUCAACUCCUUAUCGACCUCGUCCAGUGUCUCUUCCCGCUGAUUCAGCCUCUGAGGUCACUAUACCUGCCAAUCGACCUAAGAGUUUUCAGUUGAAUCAUCCACCUACACAACCUCUACCUGUGUCGUCUGAAAUGUCUUCGAGAGAAUCAUCAUCCUCUUCUUCCGCAUGUUCUUCUGCUUCUUCUCUUGCUCGCCAUAAAGCUAUCAAAGGGGAUCGGACGUCUUUUGCAAGAUUAUCUGCGAAUUAUUCACCACCCGAUCAUCGAGCUCUGAUUGAUGCCGUCUCUGAUGAAUGUGAAUUUGGAAAUGAACAUGAAGAUGAGAACAAUAAUCAAGAUAGCGAAUCUACUGUAUCCGACUUGUCAUUGAAAACAGUGGCCACUAUCAAUGAGGUGAACGAGUAUACGUCACCUAGAAAAGACUCAUCUGGCUAUUCGUUCGAUUAUGAACCUCAAUCCAAUACUGCUUCCAUCGAUCUUACAUCGCAAGAACAACCUGUAACUGCACCUUACAUCUGUUCUUCAAAUGGACCUCCUAUGACUUUGAAGUGGGAAUCAGAUGAAUCCUCGGUCGGUAGUGAGAAUGAUCAAGCUGAAAAGGUGUGGAAGGAAUUAGAGAUGAAAUUAGGCAGAAAAGUUAGAGGUAGAAGUUUGAGAAGAGGAAGAUGGGUAGUGAAACCUAGAUCAUCCGACAUUGAUCCAACGGCGGAAUCUCAUUCUCAUGAUAACGAAGAAGAGGUCGACUCAGAAUCGGAGUUCUCUGUUUCGAACUAUUAUACCAAUUCUCACACAUCACCGCCAUCUCAAGAGUAUGGAAUAUCUUCACCUGUAAUAGAAAGCCCUACAUCAGCUACAGCAUUAUUCGACAUGACGGCUCCGCUGAUUGCUAGUACAUCUUCCAAGAAUGGUUUCACACCUUUCAACACUCCCUUACUAAAUAAAGAUUCCAUCAAACGGCACACUCGGGUGAAAGGAAAGAAAACGGCCGGAUCUGCGGUGAUGACAUCUGUUGUGGAAAGGGUGGAGGAUGAAGUUGAAUUGGUAGAUGAAGAAGAAGCGGAAAGAGUGCAACUUCCUGUGGUAAGGAAUUAUCCUACGACACCAAAUAGCGAAAAUGAUCGUCAUUCAGUCUUCAAUUCUCCGCAGGCAGACUAUGACAAAUGCGAGAUGAUUCACGCACCUGCUACUGCUCAGCCCUCAAGUGAUAAUUCGAAACCAAGGGUAUACAGAUUAGACUCACACGUCAUAUCUGCCUUAUCCGUGUUGCAAGGAUCGUACGAUUCACCAGAAUUGGAUAUGGCUUUAUCCUCUUCAUCAUCGACAUUUUCGCCGAUCUCCUCUAUCCUUGACGAUGAGGACGAUGAAUGGGAAGGUGGAUUAGGGUUAGGAAUGAGCUUGAAGCUGAACACGGUCUACAACCUUCCUACUAUCAAUUCCAAGACCAGAUCCGGUUUCUCAAGAUCCAUAAACAAGGAAGAUGAUUCUAGGAAACCUGAUCAGGCUAUAACCCACGUGAAAGAGGUGGAAUCAUCUACCGAAUUCGAGGAUGAACUAUCAAUACAUGAUGAGAUCGCACAACUUGAUCAGAUAAUCUCACAGACUGUAGUGAGAGAGGAUAAAGUCGAAGAAGAGGUUGACGAGGUGACGGAAGACGUCUUGGUAGUUAGAGAUUUGGAUACUGGUUUGGAAACAGAAAUCAGGGUUGGGGACGGUUUUAUGCUCUCCUGA